AUGGCCGGGCAAGACAGCGAAGAGGGGAGGCAGGGAGGUCAGCAGGCUAUGCUGGCGAGCCAACGCGCGAAAGAGCAGGGAGAGGCGCAGGGGAGGUUUUCUAAAUGGUUUCCUCUGUCAGCAAAAGCGGGAUUUGACCAGUGGUGGGCAGGCCUAUCCCCCAUGGCAACAGAGCACCGCGUCCUCUCUUACAUCCCACAUCUCCAGAGUCCACCCACACAUACCCAAACGGGCACCGCUCCUGCCUCGGCCGUCCCAUCCACAACAGACCUCGAUGCGCCACCGAAGCACCCCGAAGACCACACCACAACGAAUGCCACCGACGACCCAUACGGACCACGGAGAUGGAACUCACAAAUGGUGGAAUUGAGUGGCAGGGACCGCGCGCUGAACGAAUUCUCCGUGGAGCGAUUGGGCGAGGACGUGGAGAACAACCUGGUCAUGUUGCAUGGCUACGGUGCCGGAUUGGGCUUUUUCUACCGCAACUUCGAGUCGUUAUCCCGCGCUGAAGGCUGGAAAGUCUUUGCGCUGGACCUGCUCGGCAUGGGCCGGAGCAGUCGACCGGCCUUCAAGAUCCAUGCCAAGGACAAGGAGGGAAAGAUCGCAGAGACCGAGUCCUGGUUUGUAGAUGCGCUCGAGGAGUGGCGGAUAAAGAGGGGGUUAGAUCGCUUCACGUUGCUGGGACACAGCUUAGGAGGAUAUCUAGCUGUUGCCUAUGCACUGAAGUAUCCGGGUCAUCUUAACAAGUUGAUACUUGCGUCUCCGGUCGGUAUCCCUGAAGACCCGUACGCGGUUGAUGAGGAGAUGCCUGAUCCGCAAGAUUCGACUAUGGCGAACGAGUUCACUCAGGAUGCGGCCGACACGAACCGGAACGGCGUACAGCCAUCGACAGCGGAUAACAACAACUUCAUGAAUCAGCGAAGCAAGAAUGAGGGCACUGCGAAAGAGCCCAAACAGCCACCGAAAAGACGAUUGCCCUGGUGGCUUUAUUCUCUCUGGGAGGCCAACAUGGUCUCGCCCUUUACCUUUGUACGUUGGUCGGGACCCCUCGGCCCGCGUCUAGUAUCAGGCUGGACGUCACGCCGCUUCUCACAACUUCCGGAAGAGGAGGCUCAAGCUCUGCAUGACUACAGCUAUGCUCUGUUUCGCCAACGGGGUAGUUCUGAGUAUGCGCUGUCGUACCUGCUUGCUCCCGGUGCAUUCGCCCGAAGUCCGAUGAUUCGAAGAAUUCAAGGCGUUGGUCGACAAUACCUACAAGCGCAUGACAAGCCCACAGUGGACGGUGACACCGCCGCCAAUCCUACCGCACAGCGCGAGACGAGUUUUCCAGUCGUCUUCAUGUACGGUGAAAAUGACUGGAUGGACGUCGCUGGUGGGUUUGCUGCCGCAGAGAAGAUGAAGCAGGAGCGGGAGCGGAUACUAGUGAAGGCAUCUGCAGACGAGAAGAAUGAUCAUGGUGUAGGCAAAGUCGUCAUCAUCAACAAGGCUGGCCACCAUGUGUACUUGGAUGGAUGGGAGCAGUUCAACCGCGUCAUGUUGGAAGAAAUGAAUGAAGUUCGACAGAGAGAACAGGCAAAGAGGCGCGCAUAG